AUGGAGGUGGACUUGAGAUUGGACAUGAAGGAGCAUGUGGCUUUGGACGUGGCGUGGGCUGUGAGUCGAGCCAAGGCCAUGGAGAUGGUUAUGGAAUCAAUCAUGGCGGGCGUCCUGGACACGCAGGAGGCCACAGCUAUAGCCAUGAAACGGAUCACAGAGGAGGCCGUUGAGGAGGCCAUGGAGUGGAUCACAGGGGAAGCCACAGAGGAGGCCACAGCAGGACACGAUGGCUGUGGCUGUAGACUGGAUAGCAGAAAAUAUCGAAUAAGCCAAAAUGUUUCCACUAAUGGCCCAGAGACCAGCCCUAAAGACUCGAGAACAAGAGAAAACGAUGCUACUGUAGACCAAGGGGCCACUGAGGACGAUGUCACUACAGACCCAGGGGCCUCUGAGGACAUCACCACAGACCCAGGGACCACUGAGGACUAUGUCACCACAGACCCAGGGGCCUCUGAGGACUAUGUCAUCACAGACCCAGGGACCACUGAGGAUGAUGUAACCACAGACCUAGGGACCACUGAGGACUAUGUCACCAAACACCCAGGGACCACUGAGGACUAUGUCACCACAGACCCAGGAACCACUGAGGACGCACCAGCCCCCCGGCAGGCCCGGCCCGUGCCCUCCUUGGUCACUGGCCUUACCACCCCACCUGUGGAAAAGGAAGGCCAGGGCCUUGGACACUGCGACAGUGACUAUGUCACCACAGACCCAGGAACCACUGAGGACGAUGUCACCACAGACCUAGGGACCACUGAGGACUAUGUCACCAAACACCCAGGGAACACUGAGGACUAUGUCACCAUACACCCAGGGACCACAGCAGAUGAUGCCACUAAACCUGAUGACACUCACCCUCAGGGAACAGCUUUGGUCACAGCAGUGAAACCCACCUGCCUCCUGACAACUACGGGCAUUAUCCUCAUUUCCCUGGCUGCCACCGCAGUCAGUGCUGCGGUCUUUGUUGGACUGGGCUUUGUUGUGGAGGGCUGUGCCCAAGCUCUCCCAACCCCCAGACCAAAGGAUCUUGUCCACAGGGUGCAGCCGGCUGCUCAUUCCGCAAAUGGCACUGAGCACCUCUGUGGACUGGCCAGCGAGCAGACAGUGGGCUUCAUCUCAGUCGCGGUGGGAAACGAGGAACGCAAAGUCCAGACCUGA